GUUCUAGUAGGUUCACCUAUCAGUUUGACGUUUCUAGUUGUUUAUGUCACAACAAAACGUAAUUUUACUCAGUAACACAAUAACUUCCUUCAUAGCAAGCCGUUAAUUAUAAACUCAGCGAAAUGGGGAAAGGUUUCAAUAAUUACAUGUGUAAAAAGUUCUUCCAUCCAGCGUCUCGCGACAAUUUAAAGCGAGUAUGGAUGGCAGAACAAAAAGCCGAGGCCUACAAGAAGAAGCAAGAAGAACUUCGUCAGCAGUACGAAAAAGAACAGGAUUUACAUGACAAUAAAGCAAUGCUGAGCAAAGACAGCAAGGACAAGCUGAGUAUUAAUUUCAUGUAUGAACCGCCACCAGGCGUCAAAAAAGAUCGUGAACGUGAGGAUAACGAGCCAGAGUAUAAAUUCGAAUGGCAACGCAAAUACAACGCGCCGCGUGAGAGUUACUGCAAGGGAGAUCAAGAAAUUAGAGAUCAACCUUUUGGUAUCCAAGUCAGAAAUGUGAGAUGUAUCAAAUGCCACAAGUGGGGACACAUUAACACUGACAAGGAAUGCCCUAUGUAUAGUUUAAGCAUGAGUGCUGCAAGGAGUCUAGAAGCAGGGCCUAUUUUAGACCAGAAUUCCUUGGUUAUGCAAAUGUUGGAUGAUGGGCUUGCUCUUAAGAAGCAACAUAUUACAAAUGGUGGUAGUAAUCUGCUUAUUGAUGAAGAGGAUCCUAAUGCAGAGGCCACAUUCCUGAAUUCACUGAGUACUAAACAGAAGAAAGCAUUAUUAAAAAAACUCAACAAAAUAGAACGACGAGAACGUCGCAAAUUGCACAAGAAACCUAUUAAAGAUAAUGAUUCCGAUUCGGAUGACGCGCACAAAUCGAAAAAUCGACGUAAAACACAAAAAUCACGCCGAUAUUCACCAGAAAAUGAUCGCCGCAAAGAAAGGAAAAGGUAUUAAAAACUUGUUAGCAGUAAAAUACUUGAAAAUGUAAAUAUUUUUGUGAAAAUAGUAUGUGACUUAUUUCAAUAAUCAAAUGACAAAAAUAACAGUUUAGACAUUGGCAUUCAGAUGCGCAUUAAUGGUACAAUGACUAGAAGUAUAAAUAUUAUACUCGUUUAUAGUUCGAAACGUUCUUAAAUAUUACUUAUCAAUGAAAUAUUAUCAUGAGAUUUGCAAAUCUUCACAUCAAUCUCUUUCUUUGCUGUUUUUACAUUACGGUAAUUUCAAACUGUCAUGAGUUUGUAGUUAAUAAAUGCAUUUUACAUUGUUUUCGUUAAAA